AUGAAUUCGUAUUUUGCGAACCCGUCGCUCUCUUGUCAUUUAUCCGGUGGUCAAGACGUUAUGCCCAACAUGCCACUAAGUACAAAUACGUACGAUCAGGUCAGACAUUUUCCGUCUUAUGCCUCCACGGUUACACGAAACCGAAUUUACGCGUCCCCCUUUUAUUCGCAUCAAGACAACGUUGUUUUUGGGUCAAGCAGGGGAGCAUACGAGUAUGGAUCCAACGUGUUUCUUCAAGACAAGGAAGUGCUGCCCAGCUGCGGGCAAACUAGUAUGGGAAUCAACGCUCAGAACCACGUAGGUCAGGACUACAGCCUGGAACAAGGUCGAGGCGUAGCGCAGGAGCACAGGGGAAACCAGAUCCAGAUCUACCCGUGGAUGCAGCGCAUGAAUUCGCACAGCGGACUUGGCUAUGGGUCAGACAGAAGAAGAGGUCGACAGAUUUACUCUCGAUACCAAACUUUGGAGCUGGAAAAGGAGUUUCACUUCAACCGCUACUUGACCAGGCGCAGACGGAUUGAGAUUGCCAAUGCUCUUUGCCUAACAGAGCGUCAAAUUAAAAUCUGGUUUCAGAACCGACGCAUGAAAUGGAAAAAAGAAACCAACCUGACUUCGACUACAACGGAGACCGAAUCGACAAGUCCUAACCAGGGGACAGAAAAACAGAGCAAGCAAGAGGACGAAGUUAAAAAAAAAGAGUAGUGUGUGUGUGUGUGUGUGUGUGUGUGUGUGGGUGUGUGUUUAUACAUACAUGCAUACAUACACAACUGCAACAAAACUACCUAUGUUUGUAUCGAUUAAAUACAUAACCUGCAUGGAUUGC